AUGUCAGCCGCUUUUUCUGGAGCUCUUUCUAACUCUAGCUAUGUGCCGAAAACCCCACUCAAAAACCCCAACAAAUUCGAACAACGAACCACUGGUAAAUGGAAACGUUCAAUUGAAGAGUCACAUCCUGGAGCUAAUCCAAUUAAGCGAGCUUCAACACAAAAUUCUGGAGAAGUCGAGGGACAGUCAUCUGGAGACAAUGCGACGAGCGGAACAUUGCAUGACGCUGCUCAGGCUCGUAAAGAUUAUCUUGAAAGCAAAGCUACGGGAGUAGAGCUGCCAACCGAAGAGUCUGCCAAAUUGGAUCCGAAGUUUGCAUUUGGAGAAUCUACACUUAUCAUUCACAUGUGUACCAAAUGUCGCACUGCAAGUCGUAUUUUGGACUGUAUUGAUAUGGGAAAUGGAGACAACGGUCUGGUCAUCAAUCUCUGCACAAUUUGUCGCGCCUUGUUCAACACUCAACGCCGUAUCAAAUUCUUCCAACACGAACUCGCUUGCAUCAAACGUCGUCAAAUCCAAUAA